AUGUAUGUAUACGGAUUAUUAUUAUUAAUUUUUGUUUGUUUUGUUUAUUCAGAAAAUGAUCCUUAUACAGGAGGUAUUACGGAUAAUUUUACAAUGGAAUUUAAAAAUGAAUGCUUAAAAGCUAUGUGUAAAGCUGACAGUGGAUGUCAACAACAGGGAUGCUCUCUUGAUAUUCAUCAUCGUCUAGGAUGUGGUUAUUUUAGAAUGAAUAUUUUUCAAUAUAAACAAUGUUUUCAACCUGGGAGAAAAAUAGGUGAAGAUGUUGAGUCAGCAUGGAUAAGAUGUUCUGAAGAUUAUGAAUGUUCAUCAAAUUGUAUAAUGCAAGUAGCAGCUAGAUUUCGUUUAAAAUGUUAUGGAAAAAGUCCAUGUGAAUUAUUAUCUCGUACUCAUGAUGGUGGUGCUAAUGGUUGUAGAACAGGGGCUACUAUAUCUUAUUGGCAUCAUGUAAAAGAAAUAUGCCCAGAUUGCUAA